AUGCCUCUUCUCCUUUGCCUCACGGAAAAGCGCGCUUCUCCAACGAGAGUCGUCAACGUCCCUCUUGCCUCGCAACCUUCGAUCGCGGCACCUCCUGCCUAUCGCAACAUGGCCAAAGUCCCACGCAACUUCAGGCUCUUGGAAGAGCUCGAGAAGGGUGAAAAGGGAAUCGGCGAUGGAAGCUGUUCCUACGGUCUCGAUGACGGCAGCGAUCUCAUGAUGUCCAACUGGAACGCGACAAUCAUCGGACCCGGUCACUCGGUCUACCAGAACCGCAUUUACUCGCUCAGCAUCCACUGCGGACCCAGCUAUCCGGACCAGCCUCCCGAGGUCAAGUUCCUCACAAAGAUCAACCUUCCUUGCGUCAAGUCGGACGGCCGCAUCGACUACAACGCUCUGCCCAUCUUCUCCAACUGGUCGCGCGACAGCACGAUCGAGACCAUCCUGCUGUCCUUGCGAAGAGAGAUGGCUUCGCCUUCCAACCGCAAGCUCCCGCAACCUGCCGAAGGCGCGUCGUACUGA